CUCUCCAGCGCUGCAGCCGCCUCUUGCGCCGGGCUCCGCUGGUGUUGCCGUCAAGCGGCGUUAUCGACUGUCGUCUUCUCUCUCAUCUCUCUUCUCGCUCUUUAUCUCCCUUCCUUCCAACACCAGCACCACCAGCAGCAGCAGCAGCAGCCGGAUUGUUGUCCCGCUUCUUGUGAAGGCGACGCUCAAGCAGUGGAAAACACAGUGCCCGCGCGUAGACAAGUCAGCAGUUGGCGAGGACACUUAAUUUUAAUACCGCCCAAAGAAAAGAAGAUAAACAAUAGAAAGAAAGAAAGAAAACCCCACAAGCCCAGCUAACUGUUUGAAAGAAUUCGCCGGCAAAAAAAGGACACAAACAUGACCGGCAAGGCACAGACAAGCAACGUGACCAACAAAAACGACCCGAGGUCAAUCAACUCUCGCGUCUUCAUCGGCAACCUCAACACGGCCAUCGUCAAGAAGCCGGAGGUGGAGACCCUCUUCUCUAAGUACGGCAAGAUCGUCGGCUGCUCGGUGCACAAAGGCUACGGCUUCGUGCAGUACGCCAGCGAGCGCAGCGCCCGGCUCGCCGUGGCCGGGGAGAACGGACGCGUCAUGGCUGGCCAGCAGCUCGAUAUUAACAUGGCGGGCGAGCCCAAACCAAACCGGCCCAAGACCAGUGGAAAGAGGCCAGUUGCUGCUCUCUAUGGGGGACCUGACUUUGACUAUGACUACUACAGAGAGGAUUUCUAUGACAGAGUCUAUGAGUACCCGGUGAGGGGGCCCCUGCCCCCGCCACGCACGCUGCUGCCCAUCAAGCGCCCACGCAUCUCCGUGCCCGUGCCACGGCGCGGCAAGGGGGGGUUCCCCCUCAAGGGGGGGCCCCGCUCCACCGUGACGGGCACGGCCCCCUCGGGCCCCAAGCGGCCCACUAACGACGUCGCCACCGUCAGCCCGAGCGCUCCGGCCUCCAUCCGGCCCGAGCCCACAAUCAGCCCAUCCACCGUCCAGGGCUCUCAGUCCGUGGCUAAUAACUCCAAUGUGCGGAGUCACGACCUGUACACAAUAAAGCAAGAGCUCACACAGAUAAAAACUAAAAUUGAUUCGCUUCUGGAGAGCCUGGAGAAGAUAGAAAAAGAUCAGAGAAAUCAAAACUCUGUCUGUGACCACGUGGAAGGAAAUGGGAUGGAGGAAUUGGUCCCUGGGACUCCAGAGGAGCCAAACACAGAUGAUGCCCUGGAGGGAGGGAGCGAGGAGGUGGGAGACAGAGACAGAGAGGACGAUGACUUUGAAGAGGAGACUGUCCAUGUGAAUAACCACAUAUCAGAUUCUGAGGAAACACAGUGACCUUGGACAAUAUGAAUCAGGUGAAAAUGAAUCAUAACAGAUGUGCAUCGGAGACACCGGCAGAAGUUGCGAAAUCAAGAGGAAGGAUCUUCUCCAUAAUUGCAGACGGAAAUUAAUUUUGUUCACUAGCUCCAAUCAUCCACAUACACAGUGCCAACAUUUUACAAAUCCUCAUUAUUACACCGCUCAGCGAUAAGGUGACUGUGUAAUUAUGACUACUGAGAAUUUGUUUUAAUUAGGAUUCUGAGAAAGAGCUGUGCUAGAGCUGGGAUAUAUAUUUACGGUUCAGAUGUUAUUAUGCAGCUCUCCACCUGUUUGUGUUUGGCAUUUCUACAAAAAGCCUAGUUUGUGGUUUUGUAAGGGUUUGGGCUUCGUAAAUGGAUAGAACAAUUGUUGUCAAUCUAAUGCUGAUUCACACUGAUGAUUUAACAUUCUACCUGUUUUACCGAUUUGUCGUCAAGGUCCCCCUUAUUUAUUGUCAAUAUGUUUUACAGUUCUUUGUUUGAUGAUAUUUAUUUUGGUCGCAUGGACGAGCGAAGGAGUCAUAAUGCUUUGCACCCAGCACGGCGUCGUGAAAAACACUGCUGUAAGAUACGUGGCCGCGUCGCGUAGACACCGAAUCCCCAUCACUGCUGCAUCCCACCCUGGCGUUGUCUUUUGAUGGUAGUGACAAAAUGAAGGCGAUGUCCCUGCAGAAUUCAAAGAUGCUAUUUACACUUGAGUGUAUAAUUAGGCGUGGUGUUUACCGUUGCGGUGUGUUUGCAGAUUGUCAGUUUUGAGUGAUUCAAGGCCACCAUUUACAGUUAAAUUGUCUGCAUUGAAGCCAAACCACUGCGCAGAUUUGGUCUCUUUAUCCGGGCUGUGGGACAUGUAUUUAUCUCGAUUGUUACCGAAAGAAAACACCGGGGGAAAACGGCAAGAAUGCAGAGAAUGUUGCAUUUCUCUCGUGAAACUGGUGUCAAAAUCAGGGUUUCUCAAAGAUGCAGCUGUUAUAAAAGAGAAAAAAAGCCUAUAAUACCGUGAAUAAAGUUAUUUUAAAAAAAGACUACCUAUAUAAUUUAUGGAAUAUGAUUAUUGUACAUAACUCCCGAGUCAUCUCCAUUAAGCGCUGUACAAAAAAGAGCGUGUUACUUAUACUUUGCUGCAUUUUCGAUGUAAUGUCCAUGCAUCUGUCCAACGCGUUUCUUGCCUGUUCAUCUGUCCAACGCGGAUCUUGCCUGUUCUCAUCGGAUCGUGCGCUCAUGCGUCCAAGCUUCGGCUUUGUUUUCCUUCUUUUUGGCUCAUAAAACAAGUAUAACCCGUAAAAACAAAGUUUUUCACUAUAAAUCCUUUAUAUGCGUGGCGGCUAGAGUCCUCUCGUCCUUUGGCUUGAGAUGGCUGCCACCUAUGGGUCAGAUGAUUACAUUGCACCAUUAAGCAAUUGGUAAUUAAAUAUAAUUUUUUUGUCCUAUAAAGUGUAAAAUGUAGGAAGUUUUUUUUCACGAACAUUAAUUGUCACGCACAACGAGUCUGAGUGGAAAAUGUCAGCUCGAUUGGAUCACGGUAAGUGGAUUAAAAAACGACCGAAAGAUUUGCACGGUCGUAAGCAAGCAAGCGAACUUAAUAUAAAGGAUUUAAAAAUGGGAGGGUUUGCGGUGCCGCACGAACCCACGCCGGCUCUCGCCCACCGCUCCGCUGUUGUCCGCACAAAGCAAACACGUGGAACCCUUCGCAGCGGACUUCGCGGAGCGCACUUUUAUACAUAUAUAUAUCCCCUAGAUUCCUAAUACCUUGCCCAAAGGCACAAUACGAGUAGAACACCUCGAAUUUGUUUCCUCUGCCAGUUUUGAUACAGCGCUUUCCUUUGUUGAGUGAGAUUUAUCGUGUCCCCAGACCGCCGUGUAUAUUCGUGGAUUGUUAUACGCAGCAAUUGCCACGUCGUGCAGAGUAAGAGAUGAAGUAAAAUUGAAUCGUCACGUGCAUUACAAGAUGUUUUCUCAAAAUGCUUUGAUCUCUAAUGGCCCCGCUUGUCAUCAUUUCGGUUUUUUUGGUGUUGUGUGGCUUUGUGAGGUUUUGCUUAGAACAAGGUAAACACAAACAACACUUAAUUAGUAAAUUCAGCUUUUUGUCUAAUUCUGUAUUCUAAGUAUGUGCGCGUGUCUGUGUUAAACUGUACAGUGUGUCGUGUGCCUCGAUUCGCAACGAAGCUUCAGUGUGCUGCAAAUGCCUUCAUAAUUCAAGAUGGGAAACCAGUCAACUUCCCCAGACGUAGCGCAGACACAGUCGGUCUUUCCCAUGUCAACCAGUCUAAAGGCGUGCGUGAGUGUAUCAUUCUUGAGAUAUGGGGAGUGGUAGUGUAGCGGUUAGCGUGUUGCGCUACGAAACAGGCAAUCGGAAUUCGAUUCCCGCUCACGGCCAACACCAGUGACGAUUAUCUGAACCGGUCCUGGGUCUCCCCUAUGUCGACUCAGCCUCAAAUGAGUAUCUGGUGCGGUGUGUAAACAUCGCCACUAGGGAGACAAAGGCGGCCGGGCGUGGUGUUGGCCACCAACCCCCUCGUGUACCGUGCCGGCCUUCAAAGGUGCUCGCUAACAGCACUUGCCCCAACAGUCUGUUCAGGAAUUUUACGAUUUAAAGCUUUCGUGACUGCAGGGAUUCAUCUUCUUGGUUCUUUCGGUAAAGUCACGUAGAAGGGAAAGAACCAAGAAGAUGAGUCUGUUCAGGCUCUACGGGGGGUAAAAAAAAUGCUUGAGAUCCAAUCUGCCAGUGAAUGGCAAAGAUUGACUGUGUUUGGCCGUACAUACUUAGUUACCUAUCCCUGUUCUAAACCAUUACUUGCCAACGUGGCUCUGUUCUAUCUGUUAAUUACACCCAGUCCAUGUUUUAUGUUUUUUACAAGGCCACCCAUUCAAAGGACAGAUCUAUUGCAAUUAUGCAAACUGUCUAAGCGAGAGAAAUAAUCAAUUCACGGUACUUUACCUCGCCAUUAUAUGUUUUAUGUUUAUUUUAUAUAAACUCAAAAAAGUGUUUAGUUUUUUGGCAGUGGUUUGAAAAUUUACAGAUUAUCGAGUAUUUAAGGGAUUAUGUGGCACAAUCGCAGGCCACAUGCGGAAGUCAACUCAAGGGAACACAUGCAGUAUAUGCACAUAGAACGCAGAUACAAUUCCUUCAAACCGAGCUGUCGCUCACUGAAAUAGGUUAUGUGGCUUAAUCCUGACUGAUUCUGUACAUACUUAGACUUUAAGAACACACUCAACAAUGUGAGAGUCAAUUUGGAGGCAUCUGAGUGCAAUUACGAUAAUGAAAUUUGAUAAAACAACCCGAAUUCCCUUGUUUCGAUUAAUUAAUAAACAUCGAAUUUUUAUUUUUUCGCUCACAAUACAUACAUCGACUCGUGCAUGUAAGAAUCAAUGUGUAUUAAAUGUGUAUGCUCAGCAUGCUUGUGCAGCGAACCCAGAGACCCCGGUUUGAUUUGCUGGCCAGAGACACCUGAACCCCCCCCCCCCCCCCACUUCACCGACCCACAUGGUGAAGUAUGGUCAAAUAGUGCCCACCACAAGGCACGGGGAGGCCUUUAUCCACAAUUGGGUUACAAAGGACUCAUGCAAAAAAAUAUUUUAAUUAAUUUAUAUAUUGUAUGUAAUGGGUUCAAGUGACCUCUGUGUCCACUCGGGGCCACUGAAUAUCACCACAAUUAAAAUUACAUUUCUCGAGAAUAAUUGCGAUCGCGAAUUGCGAUGAUUCAACGAAUUCUCGGGAGGAUGGGAGGUUGCCUCGCUAGAUCGUAAAUCAUUAACACGUCAGCUGCAUUGUAAAGCCUGCACUGGGUCAUCCGACAGGAGGAAUGGAGCCACAUUGUCUGAUUAGCUAAAGUACAGAUUUUGUUUUUGGAAAAAAAAAUGCUUGUUCAUAUUGUAAUUAAAGUAUAUUAAUAAAAUGUGUUGUG